AUAUUCAUUUCAUUACCUUUGACCUUUUGCGACCACGUGAUCUACAAAACAGCGAUGACCUCUCUUGCUAGCAGUUAGCUAAACCAGAGGAACCGAUGCUCACAUUUCCAAACCGCUGACAACAUUACACACGAUGGAUCAGCCGAAACAAGAGGAGGAUUAUGGAUACGGCUUAUUCCCGAAGAGAAAAGCGGAUAAACACGAGGGGAGCAUGGUCGGACAGAGUCUGUUCACUUUCAACCACAAGUGUCGGGUCAUGUUGCAGUUCGCGAUGGAUACUAGUCCAUAUGCCAAACUCCUCCUCAGUGCCAUGAAAAAAUCAGGAUGCCAAGUGUUCAAAGACCGACAUUUCUCCUGUGAGGAUUGUGACGGGUCGGUCAGCGGAGGCUUUGACGCAGCUUCUUCUCAGAUCGUUUUGUGUCAGAACAACAUCCGCCAGCAGUCCCAUAUGAACCGAGUGGUCACGCAUGAGCUCAUUCACGCCUUCGAUCACUGUCGGGCCCACGUGGACUGGUUCAGCAACUUCAGACAUCUGGCUUGUUCUGAGAUUCGUGCAGCUAACCUCAGUGAAGACUGCUCCUUUAGCAACGAACUCUCCAGAUUCAACUUCGGCCUGAAGGAGCAUCAUCAGGAGUGCGUCAGAGGCCGCGCCCUUCGCUCCAUCCUCGCUGUGAGGAAAAUCAGCCGAGAGGAGGCGGAGAAAAUAGUGGACGAGGUCUUUGACACGUGUUUCAACGACCACGCGCCGUUUGGACGGAUCCCGCACAGCAAGAGCGAUGCUAAAUUUGCCUACAGAGAUUAUCAGAACAGAGAUCGAUAUUACGCAAACGUUUAGUGUCAUUGCAUUGAACUCACAAGGGUGCUGCGACUAGCGGUGACAGUAGCUCGGCGGCGUCAGAGCCCUGGUCAGCGUUAAAAGGCCUCAACAGAAUGACAGGGUGUCAAAAACAAUCAAAUCCCUUCAGAAGGGAUUUUGGAAGAAUAAUUUGUCCUUGAAACAGGGAAGCAAUGGAAGGAGCUGCAGUACAUUUCAUAUUCUACCUUAAUUUUUAUACUAAUUCUGUAUAAAGGGAUUGAGAGGAGCAAGUUUGCUGUGUAAGUAAAUUAUUAGAUAAAGUCCCAGUGAUUUAUUUGUCAUGGUUUUAUUUGAUCAACGGGUGCUUUUAAGGAUUUUCUGCAUUUAUUUGCCAUGAUAGUCCUUUGUUGACAAUGAGGAUGUUUUUCUGUUCGUUCCUCUGUUUGUCGCCACAUUGACCUCCACUCAUUUCUUGUAAAUAGAGCUGAUUGUGCUUAAAUUAAAUCGACUUGUAUUUGAAUUAAAAGUUUGAC